AUGGCAGACACACAAUAUACAAUUGUUUCACUAAGAGAAUUAAAUACCAAGCUUACAGUUGAGAUUACCGAACUUAGAGAGAAGUAUACUAAGGUUGAGGCUGAAAAGGCUGAACUUGAGGUUAAGAAUACCAAACUUUUAAAACAGAUUAUGAAAGAAAACAGCAAACGUGAAGCUGAUCAUACAAAACUUAAAGAAGAUACUAUUAACCUCAAGACCAAAAACACUGAGCUUGAAGCUGAAGUAGUGAAAUUAAGAUAUGAUAUUGAGGAAAUCAAAAAAAAAGAUCAAAUCAUUACUAAUAUACAUGAUGCAUUUUCUACAGAAGAAAUUUCAUCUACUUCAUCUGAUGCUUCAAAUUCUAAUGAAUUUAAUAAUGUUUCAAAUUCUGAUAUAUCUGAUAACAUUUUUUUAGAAAUUAAAUCUUCUAAAGAUAGGGAGAUCGAAUUUCUGGAACGGGUACAUAAAGAACAAAUUAAAUUCAUCAAUGAUCAGGAUAAUUCUUCAAAUGAUUUACCUGAAGCUGAGAUAAGUAUAUCUAUUGAUCAAGAUGAGUCAAAGACUCGAAGCUCUACUUCCUUAGAAUUACCAGAAGCUAAGAUAAAUGCAUCUACUGAAGAAACCAAGUCUCGAAUUUCUGAUUCAUCUAUUUCUGCUAAUUCAAAAACUAAG